CGCCGAACAAACAAAGGCAAAACCGAAGUUCCUGGCGUCUCCUCCAUUCGAAGUGCUCUCCCUAGUCGGUGUUACUCUGCCGCCAUGCCGAAGCAUUACAGACCUCCGGGGAAGAAAAAGGAGGGGAACGCUGCAAAAUAUGUUACAAGGUCACAAGCCGUCAAAUAUCUCCAAGUCAGCUUAUCAGUUUUCAGGAAAUUAUGCAUCCUCAAAGGUGUCUUUCGAGACCCCAAGAAGAAGGUCAAGGGAUCCCACCACACCUAUUAUCACAUGAAAGAUAUUCUGUUCUUGAAACAUGAGCCCCUACUUGAGAAGUUAAGAGAGAUGCGGGCGUAUGAGAAGAAGGUCAAGAAAGCCCAGUCAAAGAAAAACCGAGAUCUUGCUGAGCGUCUAUUGAGCCGCAAGCCUUCAUACACACUAGAUAGGCUUAUCGGAGAGAGGUACCCAAAAUUCAUUGAUGCACUACGUGAUCUGGAUGAUUGUCUCAGUAUGGUUCACCUCUUUGCUGCAUUGCCUGCUAUUCAGAGGGUCGAAAGGGAAAACAUUCAAGUUGACCGUAUUCAUAAUUGUCGAAGGUUGAGUCAUGAAUGGCAGGCUUAUAUUUCUCGCACUCAUAAACUUCGGAAAACUUUCAUAUCUGUAAAGGGAAUAUAUUACCAGGCAGAGGUUGAGGGCCAAAAGGUCACUUGGUUAACUCCUCAUGCAUUGCAGCAAGUAUUGCCAGAUGACGUCGACUUCAAAGUGAUGCUGACUUUCCUGGAAUUCUAUGAGACUCUCCUUGCUUUUGUUAAUUUCAAACUUUAUCAUUCAAUAAAUGUCAAAUAUCCACCAAUUCUGGAUUCUCGCUUGGAAGCAUUGGCAGCCGAUCUAUAUGCUUUGUCAAGAUACUUUGAUGCCAAUUCUAAAGCUUCUAAAUUGGACUCCGAAGAUAUCGGUUUGUCUGGGUCCCAACAAGUUGAGGAAAAACACGAAGAGACAAAACUUGAAGAGUCUGAACUCAGACUUGCCCAACUCCAACACCAACUUCCUUCAAAUGAGCCUGCAUUGAUGCAUCUUAUUGGAGAUGCAGAAGGCAAUGAAGAAGAAGAUACCAAUACGAGGGAAUGUAGAAGCCUUUUCAAGAAUAUGAAAUUUUUCUUGAGCCGUGAGGUUCCUAGAGAAUCUUUGCUAUUUAUAAUCCCAGCUUUUGGAGGUCUGGUUUCUUAGGGAGAAGGAGCUCCAUUCAACGAAUCUGAUCAGAGCAUUACUCAUCAGAUUGUUGACAGGCCAACUCAGAAACACACAUUCCUUUCUCGAGCAUAUUUGCAGCCUCAAUGGGUUUAUGAUUGUGUAAAUGCGCGAAUAGUAUUGCCUACUGAUGAUUACUUAGUUGGAAGGUAAUGUUUUAUGUUUUGUGUUUGCAUGAGUACGUAUAU